CGUGACGCAUACGCCUCAGAUGUUUCGUGCGGUGUAACGUGUUAAGUGUUACUGACAAGCGGCAAGUAAAGACUGUCUACAAGCUUUAUAUUCUUGUACCACAGUAGUAAGAAGCUUUGAAAGGUUAAUCACUUUUCUGUAGUCUUAUGGUGCUGACAAGGAAAAAGUCUUGGGAAUUAAAGGCAAGAUUUCCAUGAUGAUUCCCAUGAAUAAGUUUCACCGCUUGAUGCAUGUUGAUGUGCCACGUUGGCUUCUCAAGCAGAAUCUACAAGCACCAUUUUUUAGCCAGGCACAUUAUUUAAGUAGUGGAACAGUUGCUAAAUCCAGUUCUGUACCAAGAAUUUGUGUAGUAGGAAGUGGCCCAGCAGGGUUUUAUACUGCUCAGCAGUUGAUAAAGGGACAUCCAGAGUUGGAGGUAGAUAUUUAUGAGAAGCUCCCCGUUCCCUUUGGUUUGGUUAGAUAUGGAGUGGCCCCAGACCACCCAGAAGUCAAAAAUGUGAUCAAUACAUUUACAAAGACAGCCCAGAAUCCCCGCUGUUCCUUUAUUGGAAAUGUUUGCAUUGGAAAAGAUAUUCAUGUGAAAAAUUUACUGCAGGUUUAUACUGCUGUUGUACUGGCAUAUGGUGCUGACAAGGAAAAGCUCUUGGGGAUUAAAGGCGAAAAUCUAAAAGGUGUUUACUCUGCCAGGGAGUUUGUGGCAUGGUACAAUGGACAUCCAGACCAUGUAGAUUUGCCAGUAAAUUUAGAUGGGCAGACAGCCUUAGUGUUUGGUCAGGGAAAUGUUGCUAUUGAUGUGGCCAGAAUGUUGUUGAAAAGUCCAGACAUGUUGAAGGAAACAGACAUUACACCUGCAGCAUUGAAUGUCCUAGAAAAGUCCCAGGUCAAAAAUGUGACUCUUCUGGGUAGAAGAGGACCUAUGGAAGCUGCUUUCACUAUAGCAGAGUUCAGAGAGAUGACAAAACUGCCCUCUGUGCACACUGAUCUUCUGGAGAGUGACUUUAGUGAAAUAGCAAAAAUAGUAGAUAGCAUAAGACCUCCUAGAAAAAGACUGAUGUCCCUUAUGUGUAAAAUAGCAGGGAUGCCAAACAGUGAUGGCAGUUGUCGAGAAUUCCGGUUACGCUUUUGCAGAUCACCAGUUGAAAUACUGCCAUCUGAAAAUGAUCAAGAACAUGUUGGGGGUGUGAAAGUCAUGUUGAAUAAGUUGAUAAAGCAUCCCAGUGGUAAAGUUACCAGUGAACCAACAGGUGUGACUGAAGACAUUCCAUGCGACCUUGUAUUUAGAAGUAUUGGCUAUGGUGGUCAGACUAUUGAUGAGGAUAUACCAUUUGAUCUGGAUAGAGGGGUGGUGAAACAUGAGAGAGGAAGAGUCCACAGCAUGCCAGGUUUGUACUGCAGUGGUUGGGUAAAGACAGGCCCAGUGGGAGUACUUGUCAGCACUAUGAAUGACUCCUUUGAUACAGGACAAACAAUAUUACAAGAUCUUAAUGAUGGUAUAUUACAACCCUCUGAGAAACAUACUGGAAAGGAGGCCCUGUUAAAGCAAUUAGGAGACAAGAGUACCCAGAUUGUUGAUUUUGAUGGCUGGCUGAAGAUUGACAAAGCUGAAAUAAGUAGAAGCAGUGACAGUUAUCCAAGCCCUAGAAUAAAAAUUGUGAAUGUUGAUCAAAUGCUCAAAAUUGCAUUGACUUGAGCACACAUAAACAAUCUAGUUUGAAUAAUUUAUGUUAAUGCGCAUAAUACCAGGUUCAGCACCAAAACCUUUUGUAUGCUGCAGUGGUAUGUAUGUAGACAUUACAGGAUGCAAAAAUAUGCAGACAAGGAUGAAAAAAUGACAGAUAGGCUUAGAUAUACAUCAUUUUGAAACCUUGUUUAAGGCAGUAUAGAAACUAGUCAUCAUGCAAAUUGGAGGAUAGGAGAGAGAAAUUUAGAUGGCGACCAAAAGUGCAGAAUUUACUUUGAAAUAAUGGCAGAUAAAGUUAUAGAAAUAAUUUAAAUAAAGUAAAUGUGUAUUUCAUCAGUGAAAGAUGGAAGCAUCAUGCAUAAUUUAAGGAUUUUCAGUCUUCAUUUUAAUGUUGUUGUUUUUUUUUUCAUAUUGUCUCAUGCAAUGAGAAAUUGCAAGCUAGAAUUUAACAAUUUUCACUUUACCUCAUGGCAUUUUAAUUUCUGUAAGUUGAUUAAUAAGAAUGUAUAAUAUCAAAUCAUCUAAAAAGAUGUGAACCAUUUUUGAUACACAUUUUAUUAAAUAAUAGAAUUUUCAUUUUUUGUUUUUUCUAUUGGUGCUUGAUGU